GAAAGCGUCGGAGCCUGGCGAGCGGAAGUGGCUGUUGGAGGCUUUAAAGUCGCUUUAAAUUCCCUCUGCCCUGGGAGCUCGCUCUUUGCGGCUGUACUCGGGCUUCGCGUGACGGAUGGCUGUGGACGUGAAGUCGCGAGCGAAGCGCUAUGAGAAGCUGGACUUCCUCGGGGAGGGGCAGUUUGCCACGGUUUACAAGGCCAGAGACAAGAACACCAACCAAAUUGUCGCCAUUAAAAAGAUCAAACUUGGACAUAGAUCAGAAGCUAAAGAUGGUAUAAAUAGAACAGCCUUAAGAGAAAUAAAAUUAUUACAGGAGCUAAGUCAUCCAAAUAUAAUUGGUCUCCUUGAUGCUUUUGGACAUAAAUCUAAUAUUAGCCUUGUCUUUGAUUUUAUGGAAACUGAUCUAGAGGUUAUAAUAAAAGAUAGUAGUCUUGUCCUAACACCAUCGCACAUCAAAGCCUACAUGUUGAUGACACUUCAAGGGUUAGAAUAUUUACAUCAACAUUGGAUUCUACAUAGGGAUCUGAAACCAAACAACUUGUUGCUAGAUGAAAACGGAGUUCUAAAGCUGGCAGAUUUUGGCCUGGCCAAAUCAUUUGGGAGCCCCAAUAGAGCUUAUACACAUCAGGUUGUAACCAGAUGGUAUCGGGCCCCUGAGUUACUAUUUGGUGCUAGAAUGUAUGGUGUAGGUGUGGACAUGUGGGCUGUUGGCUGUAUAUUAGCAGAGUUGCUUCUAAGGGUUCCAUUUUUGCCCGGAGAUUCAGACCUUGAUCAACUAACAAGAAUAUUUGAAACAUUGGGCACACCAACUGAAGAACAGUGGCCUGACAUGUGUAGUCUUCCAGAUUUCGUGACAUUUAAGAGUUUCCCUGGAGUCCCAUUACCACACAUCUUCAGUGCAGCAGGAGACGACUUGCUAGCUCUCAUACAAGGCUUAUUCUUAUUUAAUCCGUGUACUCGAAUUACAGCUACACAGGCAUUGAAAACUAAGUAUUUCAGUAAUCGGCCAGGGCCAACACCUGGAUGUCAACUGCCUAGACCAAACUGUCCAGUGGAAACUUUAAAGGAGCAGGCUAACCCAUCUCUGGCAACGAAACGGAAGAGAACCGAAAACUUGGAACAAGUGCUGCCCUUAAAGAGUAUACCUUUAAAUAGUUGCAGUGUGGCUCCUAUAAAAGGCAUAGCAGAGAGAAGAGAUGCCCCAAAGGAUGAUCGCCCACACAUUUGUUGUCCAUGGUAGAAAUAGAUACUCUUAAUGUUUCCCUCUGAUUCCUAAAAGGCUAAAUACAUGGACUAUGUUUUAUUUCCCUGGAAAAAUCACCUACCUUGAGUUGGACAUUGAAGUUUUUGUCAAGGAAUUAUAGAAAACCAUAUAAAUAUUGAUUUUUGUACUUCCUAUAAAUUACUGUUGAGGACUUCAUUAUAUUUGCUUAAUGGCCUCUAUAAGUCUCAUGUCACAAAAACUUUUAGAAGUUAAUUUCAGGACAAUGCGAAAUGCCAUUAGAAGAGUACUAAAGAUUAUCCUGUUAUUUUAUGGCUUUGUUAAUCCCAAUAGCUCAUCUGCAUAUAUAAUAUCCAGUGACUCCUUUCUUCCAAUAGAUACUAAAAUUUUAAAUCACAACUGUAUGCAAAAUUUUAAUUAUAUUUUUAAUUGUAUUAAAUAUGCUUAAUCAACUUUGCUUAUAACCAAGAACUUCC